AUGGUGUUGGCGAAGUCUGAAGCCCGUAGGGACCCCACUGCAUACUUCCGUGCAGCCAGACCCUGGCCCUCGCUGAUCACCGUCCUGGGGCUGGGCUACUUCGCGUGGGUUGUCUUUUGGGCCCAGAGUGUCCCCUAUCAGAGCCUCGGUCCCCUGGGUCCCUUCACAAAGUACUUGGUGGACCACCAUCACACGCUCCUGAGGAAUGGGUACUGGCUUGCGUGGCUAGUUCAUGUGGGAGAGUCCUUGUAUGCCUUGGUAUUGUGCAGGCGUAAAGGAAUCACAGACAGCCAGGCCCAGCUCCUCUGGUUCCUACAGACUUUUCUGUUUGGUGUAGCCUCUCUCUCCAUCCUGCUUGCUUACAGACCAAAGCGCCAAAAACAUAAUUAAAGGAGAAAACGGGGUUUCCUUUC